AUGCGCUGUGAAACACCUUUAGUAAAGGAAGAUUUACACCAUCCCACGUUGGAUAUUAUGUUAAUAGAUAUUAACAUUAGUAGCUUUCUUAGCCCUCCUCGUAUUGUUAAACUUUUUCAUAAAGCUGACUAUAAAAUAAUUAAUGAAUUAUUGGCUAACAUUGAUUGGUCGGUUAUUUCUGAUUACUAUGAUAUUGACACAUCCGUUGAGAAAUUCUAUUACAUAAUCAAUGAUAUAAUUACAAAGAAUAUUCCUUCUAAAGUGCACAAAAAAUGGAAAAUGUAUGAUAAUUACAGUGAUUACAGUACUUUUAAAUUACUUCGUGAUAGACAAAAAAGGGUUGAAAAGACAUGCUACGAUAACUAUCUUGAUUUUGCGGAAAAUAAUAUUUUGAGAAACUCUAAGUGUUUUUGGACAUUUGUCAAGACCAAACAGAAUACAAAUGACAUACCUGAGCGGCUAUAUUAUAACGAUAUCUCAACAAGUGACGGUCAGCAAAUAAGCAAUCUGGUUAUAGUUAGAAGAUGUUGA